AUGUCCGUCACAGACUUUAUCAUAAAUGAUGAAAAGUCACCCUUACAUGGUGGCCCGGAGCAACAGAAGACGGUGGGACAUUUGGGGUGUUUCCGGGUUGGAAUCUGCUUGUUUCUGGUGGACCUGUGCAAGAGGUUCACUUUCUUCGAAGUUGUCUGCAACAUGAUUCCGUUUUGCAUAGGGAAGCUUCGCUACUACACCCACCAGGCAGCCACUCUCAACUUGUGCUUCCUUGGCGCCUCAGUCCUCACCCCUGUGUUUAUGGGAUGGCUUGCAGAUAACUACUGUGGAAGGAACAAAUUGGUGUGCAUAUCCUUAUCUCUACAUUUCCUAGGCACUGCUUUGCUGUCUAUGCUUGCUUUUCCCUUGGAGGAUUUCUAUGGAGGCAUUUACCCCAUAGUUAGCAACACACCCACGGAGGAACAGGCUGCUCUGUUUCACAUAGCACUGUUGACCCUCUGCCUGGGCACAGGAGGAAUAAGAGCUAUUGUUUGUCCAUCUGAUCCAUGUGGCCUUCAGAAGCAGGAAUGGAAGAAGCUGGUGUUUUUUGACUGGGCCUCGUGGUCCAUGAACCUGAAAGCAGCUGUUGUCUUUCUGGGAAUCUCCUGCAUCCAGCACGUGGACACAGGAGCCCUUGUGGUCUUGCUUCCUUCUCUGUCCCUGUUCACCGCACUACUAAUUCUUUACCUGAGGCACUGCGACCUGCUCUAUCAGCCGGAGAAACAUUGCUCCCUCCUGACUGUCUCCAAAAUGUUUGUUACGUCCCUGAAAACAUGCUGCCUGCCAUACUGCCACCUUGGUCGAAAUGGAACAACUUGGUUAGGCCACGCCGUGGAAAAACGUGGUGGAUGCCGCAGUGAACUCCGGGAGGAAGAGAUAGAAAUUGUCUUCUCUACCCUUUUGCCUUUCUUCGGCUUCCAGAUCAUACACCGAAUGUGCCUUAUGCAGAUUCCUUCAGGAUAUUAUCUUCAGAGCAUGAAUUCCAACAGGAACUUGGGUGGAUUUCCUGUGCCGAUUGCACUAAUGAAUGCCAUUAGCAUUCUGCCGUUAUUGAUUCUGCCUCCCUUUAUGGACUGCUUCAGCCAUCGUCUACUUUCUUCUAUGAGAGACGGACCAUUCCUGUCAGCAUGCAUUAUUGCUGGUAACAUUUGUGCAGCCUCGUCUGUGGCAGUAGCUGGCUUCCUAGAAAUAUACAGAAAACUCUUCCAGGAGCAGUCUUCUUCGGGCCAACUUCUCUCUGUUUCCCCAAUGGCCUGCAUCUGUCUGGUUCCACAGUAUGUGCUGCUUGGAGUGUCUGAAGCCCUGGUAAGCCCAGCCGUCUCCAUGGUCACACAGAGAGUCAUUCCGAGCACCUUUAGAGGGACCUCCAUGAAUUUUUUGUCACUGUUCCAUGGAUCUGCCUGCUUCGCGGGGGCACUGCUGGUAGAGUUGGUUUAUCUCAUCUCAGAAGGCAAUUGGUUUCCAAACACAUUAAACAAAGGCAAUUUAGAAAGCUUCUUCUUCAUCCUGGCAUCCUUGACGCUGCUGAACAUCCUGGGACUUUGGAGAGCUUCACAGAGGUAUUAUAAUCUAAAUCAUUUUAAUGCCCAGCACAUCCAUGGAAGUAAUUGUGAAGAAACCCUUCUCCUCUCUGAAAAGUCUCUGAAAUUUUAUGGCAGUACACAGAAAACAGCUUCAAGUAUUGAUCUUUGGGAGACAGCCCUCUGAAACUAGGUUUGACUUUUUCUUGCAAG